CGCUUACAAAGAGAGCUCCUCAACGGACCCGCUUCAUUGAUUGGAAGGUGCCCGGCUGAGCUGAGCUUGAUCCUCGUUUGGCUUUUUUCUUUUUAGUUUUUUGAACUCCACCAACGACGACGUCGGUCGUCUCUUAUUCGUCGUGGCGCCAAUCCGGUCGCGAUCGGCGACGCGUAUGGAUGCGUGAAGCGCGUACCCGGAAUCCUCGUUUGCGCGUUUGAGCGAGUUCAUCAGUUGCAGGUCAGGUUUGUUGGCGCGCGCACACGUUUUAGGUCUGGUUCCGGGAGAGUUCAGCAGGACACUCGACGUUACUCGGCGUGAGAUAUUGCGAAAAAACGAACUUCGCGGAUCGCGGACUUACUUUUUUUAAUUCUGUUUCCGUGACCGGAUCCGAUUAGUUAAUCCAUUCAUUACCUAGCGGUUUUCUGUUUGGAUUAUCUGAAGAGCUCCAUCUUUCAUCGUCAGCUGAACAAUUCGUUCGUACAUAUGUGGGGGCGUUUCGUUUUUGUGUUCUACAUUGACAGUGGUAUCAUCAUCGCCACAUUCACUUCUUUGUCCCGGAGAAAUACUUACUGGCACAUAUAACUGUGGCUAGUUAGAACGGUUUCCUUAUCGCGAGGAAAGUACAUGAGUGCCGUUUUUUCUUGCUUCCGAAUUGACUCUAGAGAGUCUCCUCUAAUUAUAAAAAAAAAUUGUCUAACCUGAAUGGAUUGUGUUGUGUUGAAUCGACGAUGAGACGCUCUUGACUAAGUAAUCGAACAGCUUUCAUACAAGAAGGAAAAAAAAAAAAAGAAAAAAAAAACCCUAAGUGAAUGUGACUUAUAACCAUCACACAAUUCGAGAAAAAAAAAUCAAACGGAAAGGAAGUUUAGUGAAUAGUUAGUGUGACCGAAACGAAGGAACGAACCAAAAAAAAAGUUGCAAAAACAAAACCUACCUACCAACAACUUUGCAAACGUGAGCAGUUUUGGACCGCCCCGAAAAAAAAAAAUCGAUCGAGACAACACUUGCUGUCGGGUGAUAACAUUAUUGACAACAAUAAAAACGAAAAACGAUCAUUCUGUUUUUGACGUCAUUGACUACGGGACAGGAAAUUCGGGACUGUCCGGAUGGAAUUGCCCGUUUUUAAAAGCUUGUUCGACGUAUGGAAAUUUUGUGCAAACACCAGUUUCAACAAACAAAACGAACGUCAAGCUUCCAAGAAAAUGGAGAUUUAACCGGAAAUCAAUUGAUCUUCGGUUAGCAGGUAAAAGGCCGGAUCAUUUCCACACACAAGGAUGUUCCAGUAACAUGGAAGUACCAUCCGGAGGUACCGGUACCAAUCGUCAUCGUAUUCCGCAUCCGAAUAACCAGCAUACGCACUUCAACCCAAGGCUCUGCCUGAGCUUGGGUGCUUGGUGCGUCUCGAGAACACACUUCCAAGAACCGGUACCGCUGUUUCCGCGGAUGCUGCUACUACUGCUGCUUCAACUGGACCUUCCCGAGCAGCGAGAUCAUCAAUGAAUGCAAAGGUUGCUGUCAGUUAGUAGAUCGAUCGUAACCGAAGCACGUGAUCAUCGUGGAGUUCACCCCAGGAAACUGGAGCUUUUGCGUAUGGGAACAGAUUUUCCCACAGGAAGUGAUCGGGAGAUCGAGUGAAUAGCUCUAGAUUGAUUGAGCGUUCCUGAAAGUUUGCUUUGCAAAAUGGGAGGAAGUGGUUAAUCGCGAAACGAAACCAUUACGAUCAAUCCGGUGCAAGUUUGUUGUUAUUGUUUUCGAUUUGUUUUGACUGCCGCCAGUUGGUUCGCGAAUUGUGUCCGCACGAAAUCUACAGUUCAAAGUUGGUUUGAUGAAUGUCUGAAUGGAGUGAUAGGAAUUAAUUAAAAAUUAUUUCAUGUGAUAACUGUGGGACCUUGCGUGCUCCUCCUUCCAAAUCCAAGUGAUAUUCCUCUCAACAGUAGUCAUAAAAAUACACACGCACACCGAAACGGAAAGGAAGAAGCAAAAAAAAAAAUUGAAUACAAAUAAUUAUAAUAAUUUGCUCCCGUAUUAUUAAUUGCAUUUUGUGCUGAUGAGUUUUUGUUUUGCUGCUGAUAAAGAUACGGGCACUAGAGAGUUCAAGUGAAACAAAUUGUAACGACCAUAGAGCUUUGGGAAGUUGGCAAGAGUCCCUCAUUUCCAAAUCGACGCGAUCGCGAGUUACAAGUGUAUGCGGGAUCUUCAAUUCGACACGCUCAGAUAGAGUCUGACUGGUUGACGGUAAAAAAACGAACGAAAAUUGAAAAUAUUCCCGGAAUCCAAAAGAAGAUCGUGACAGUGAUUUUUCUUUUUUUUCAACAACAAAAAAAGAGCUUCCACCCCAUAAUCAUAAUUUAUCGCUACCGGAUUGGAUUAGUGUCAACAAGUGUGCUAAGCUAGUGUGGGGUCCAAAAUUGCCGACCUACUCGUGCAAUCGAUGCGUGAACGACCAGGAGGGAAAAGCCACGCGAUCCAGACGACGAUUUAUAACCAUUUCGUGGGCCGCGGUAAUUGAAAAAGCCGACUUUUUUUUCGGUGGAACAAGAAGACGACGGAGAAUAAUACAGAGUGAAGAUGACACCGAAGGAAUGGUUUGCGUUGUUCGCCUUCUACGCGGCCUAUCUGUUCUUCGGGGCCAGCGUGUUUUACCACAAUGAACACGCACUGGAGACGAUCCGGCGACAGGAGGAGCUCGCAGAGAGGAUCGAGAUGAAUGAAAUGCUCACCAAAUACCUGGUCCCGGAGAAGCCGGACCUGCAGCAGUCCCUGAUCAUCCGGCUGUCCGACUACUGCGAGAAAAAGGUCACCAACCAGUCGAUGGACGAGUAUGAAGAUCCGUACGUGUGGAACUUUUACCAUUCGUUCUAUUUUGCUUUUAUCGUUUGCUCAACGAUCGGUUACGGAAACAUUUCUCCAAACAACACCUUUGGUCGAAUCUUUAUGAUCUUCUACGCCCUGAUUGGCCUUCCGGUGAAUGGUUUCUUCUUCGCUUAUCUCGGUGAUCUGUACAGUAAAACGUACAUUCGCCUGUACCGGAAGUACAAAACGUACAAACUGUCGGCGAAUUCGCACUACGUGCCGCGGAAGGUGAGCUUCAUUGGACAAAUUGUGCUGUACCUGAUACCGGGCAUCGUGAUCUUCAUCUUCGUGCCCGGGGUCAUCUUUAGCUACUUCGAGAAGUGGGACUACGACGUUUCGGUGUACUAUGCCUUUGUGACGCUGACGACGAUCGGAUUUGGGGACUAUACGACGACUUUUGAGUCGUCCCAGGAGCACGAGUUUGGGACGGCCUUCGUGUACUAUCAGGUGUUCAUCAUACUGUGGUUUUUCUCGGGCGUUGGUUAUGUGUUCAUGAUAUUGGGAUUCAUUGCCAAGGGUUUGGCGCAUAAAAAGGUGCAACGGUUGGAGAAAAUUUUGGCACACAACGUGAAGGAAACACAAGCCCGCGUUUGGAACGGAGUCACCAAAGAUAUAAGCUACCUGAGGAAGAUUCUAAACGAGGUGUAUAUGCUUAAAUUCAAGCCCGUCUACGAAGAACCGGACGAGCGGAUGGCCACGAUGAGCAUCGCCCGGUCCGACUCCUGCCCGGAGUUGUCCAUGUACCGGGAAGACGAACCGGAUCUCUCGCUAAUGUCGCGCAAGCGUACCUACUCGAUGAGCACGAUGAUGUUCGAACGUUCCAAAUCCACCGUCAGCAUCCCGUCGAUUGGCCGUCGGCUUUCGGAUAGUGACCUGAGUCGGAUCAACCGGGAAAAGACGUUCGGAAUUCAGGCGCUGGUCCAACCGGCUGAACUGUUGGCCAAAGUUGUUACGGCCUUGGGGAAUAUUACUACUAUCGACGAAGAUGGUCAGAGUAUACUGGAACAGGCAUCGCUGGGUCCCGGAAUCAAUUGCUUUACGGAUUCGCAAAUUUUGGCCAGCGAGCGGACAUGGUCCGGAUGGUCCAUGGCCGGUUCGGAUAAGAGCCACCUCACGCCACCACCGAUGGGUAGACCGAGGGCGAGUUCAGAUUUUGGACUGCAUCCUCACCUAACUUCAGGGAAUCCAAACGACUGGACCUGGAGCGGAGGAGACAACGUACAGAUCAAGGAGUUGUUGAAGAUCCGGCAGAAAGAGUCCAAAUCUCGUAACAAUCUUUUGCGGACGGCCAUUUCGAACAGUAAACAGCAGUUUGGAUCGAAUCUGUCGGUCGAUGCUCCGUCUUCGAAACAAGAUGAGCCUCACAUACACUCGGCCCAGAAUCAUGGACUUUUGCAACGACUCAAUCCGUUCCGGAAGUUUUCUUCCGCCAACCAAGGCAAACGGAACUCGAUCUACGACUUGGAAGCUCCUCGUCCGCCGGUGGAAAAUUAUUUGGCCAAAACGGCCAAAGGCCGGGCUUCGAUGUUCAAUCUUUCUCAACAGCAGUACCUUUCGAAAACUUCCGGUGGACGUGGAAGUUUGCUUUCGCUACCGCCUAACGAUGAACAGCUGCUGGAGACUACGACCAUCGGUGAUCUGAUCCGGGCCCUGGAACUAGUCCACACUCAGGCAGCUAUGCCAAGACGAGGAUCAAUGCUUCCGGGUGAUGAGUCUCCGAAACGCAAAAAUGGCACUACUGUUGCUCCAAAAAUGCCUUCCAUUAUGACGCUAUUUGCCAAUCCGGAAGCUGCCGGCCCAAGAAGAGGAUCUCUAAGGCCUACCCUCAGUAAUCCGAUCCAGUCUAGUCCUCAUUUGAACCAUCCAAGUAAUCCACCCCCGUACAGUGUGGCCACCGGAUAUUCUCCUUCGCCGAAACCUCUUCGUCGAAGAUUCAGCGUUCGUCCUUCGAGUUUAGCUUAUCCACCUGGCCAGUGUCCUCGAUCGGGUAGCUUCUCAAUGGACACCAGCAUCAGUCCCCUAACAUCUUCUUCAUCGUCCCUGCAAGUUCCAACCACAACUCUGCAGCGCCGCCUUUCAACUCGUCCCAGUCCUUUGGCCAGCCAAAACCUCCUGACAGUCCCUUCUGCGAUCCCAGUCAAUCCGCCAAACAGUAAUCAACCUGCAACCCGCAACCUGCUGCUCCCUUCAACGGCUCGACUUGUUCGAACCGGCUCGGAUCGAAUGGUCCCGGGACAGUUUCAGCGAACUGGCAGCACUUAUCGGCCUCGAGUUGGUCCAGCCGCAGCUACUGGGUCCACGCUGUCGGCAGCUGCCGCAGCCAAACGAUCCCGGCACAGCAGUCUCUGCCAGCUGGAGGACAAAUCCCAACGGCACGGGGAUUUUAGCUGAUCGAGACUUAAAAUCUUAAGUUCUUUUACUAGGUACGUUCGAGUGAGCGUCUAACAAAAAUAAUGUAAACAAUCAGUAUUGCCUUAAUUAGGUUCGUUUGAAACUAGGUAAAUGAGAAAGCAAAUUUUUUAGAAAAAAAACAAAGUGGAGAAAUUUGCAAACAGUGAUCAGAAUGCAAGCAAGGCUAGCUUUAAACUAACUAUAGUGUAAAGAUCCAGCGGAUGGGACGAUGACCACCAACGGAUCGAAACCAUUCCGGCCAAUUUAGUCAUUAGGAUAGAAACGAUAACUAGAAGAAUAGCAAAUGGAAGCUGUAAUAAAACUAAGUGGAAAGUCGGUUUUUUUCUUACGAAAGUUUUAAACCAAACCAAUCACAUGAGCUCUUCCAGCUGUUUUUAAAAGAUACAUUGUGAUGACUAGGAAAAAACAAGAGACAAUAAGUUUAGGCCAGUUUUAGGAGUUGUCAAACUGACGUCAUUCCGUUUUUAAGGAUAAGCAAUAAGCAAUGUAUUUAUCAAAACAAAACGGCUUUACAAAACUUUACACAUUCACGAGCAAGAUUGUUAGAGAAAAGAUUUGUACAGACUCAAGAAAUGAAAAACAAA